AUGGGCAAGCAGGUUUACUUCGACAUCACUUGGCAGGGUCCUGUCCUGGACGCCGCUGGCCGCAAGACCUCUGAGGUCAAGGACCAGUCGGGCCGCAUCACCUUCAACCUCUUCGACAACGUCGUCCCCAAGACCGCCGAGAACUUCCGCGCUCUCUGCACCGGCGAGAAGGGCUUCGGUUACGCCGGCUCGUCGUUCCACCGCAUCAUCCCCGAGUUCAUGCUCCAGGGUGGUGACUUCACCCGUGGCAAUGGCACUGGUGGCAAGUCCAUCUACGGCGAGAAGUUUGCCGACGAGAACUUCCAGUUGAAGCACGACAAGCCCGGUUUGCUGUCCAUGGCCAACGCCGGCCCCAACACCAACGGCUCCCAGUUCUUUGUCACCACCGUCGUUACCUCGUGGCUCAACGGCCGCCACGUCGUUUUCGGCGAGGUCGCUGACGAGGAGGGCAUGAAGGUUGUCAAGGCCCUUGAGGCCACUGGCUCCGCCUCUGGUGCCGUUAAGUACAGCAAGAAGCCCACGAUCGUCGCUUCCGGCGAGCUCUAG